AUGACUUCAAUUCGGGAAGCAUCACAUGCUGGAAGUUGGUAUGAAUCAGAUGGAAAUUAUCUUGAUCAACAAUUAUCAACAUGGCUUACAGAAGCCCAUAAUAAUACAAAUAAUCGAUUAAAAGCUCGUGCUAUUAUUGCUCCACAUGCUGGAUAUAGUUAUAGUGGACCAACAGCUGCAUAUGCAUAUAAACAUAUUGAUCCAACUCAUAUUGAUCGUGUAUUUCUUUUUGGUCCAUCACAUCAUUAUAGUUUAAAUACAUGUGCAUUAACUAAUCAUACACAUUAUGAAACACCAUUGUAUAAUAUUAAAGUUGAUACACAAAUAUCUAAUGAACUUAAUAAAACAGGUCUUUUUUCUCUUAUGAAUAAACAACAAGAUUCUGAUGAACAUUCAUUAGAAUUACAUUUACCAUAUAUUGCAAAAGUUUUUGAAAGAAAACGUAAAGAUUUUCAAUUAAUUCCAACUCUUGUUGGUUCACUCGAUUCAUCAAAAUUAGAAAAAUAUGGUCAAGUAUUAGCACCUUUUUUAUGUGAUCCGAAAAAUUUAUUUAUUAUUUCAUCAGAUUUUUGUCAUUGGGGUCGACGAUUUUCCUAUACACCACAUAAUCCUACCGAUGGUGAAAUUUGGCAAUAUAUUGAAAAAUUAGAUCAUAAAGGAAUGGAAUUAAUUGAAAAAUUAAAUUUAACUGAUUUUCAUACUUAUCUUCGUUCGACAGAUAAUACAAUAUGUGGUCGAUAUCCAAUUAGUCUUUUACUUGCUACAAUUGAACAAAGUAAAAAAAUCGUUCCAUCAAGUCAAUUACCAAAAUUCUCUAUGCAAUUUGUCAAAUAUGCUCAAUCAAGUCGUGUGAAAAAGUCGAACGAUUCAAGUGUUAGUUAUGCAUCUGCUGUUCUAACUGCUAUUGCCUGA